UCCUCUGGGGAGCCUCAACAACCUCUUGAUGCUGAAGAGGUAGAGAAGAGUCUCUCCAGAUCAGAACACCUCAAGAAACACCUGCAGAGAUCCACAGGGAAGAGAACUCACUGCUGCUCUGACUGUGGGAAGAGAUUCACCUCAUCAGGCAUUAAAAUUCAUCAGAGAACACACACAGGAGAGAAACGUUAUAGCUGUGUUCAAUAUGGGAAGAGUUUUGGUCCAUCUUGCCAUCUGGUAUCAAACCAGAGAACACACACAGGAGAGAAACCUUACAGCUGUGAUCAAUGUGGGAAGAGUUUUGGUAUAUCUUGCCAUCUGGUAUCACACCAGAGAACACACACAGGAGAGAAAUCUUAUAGCUGUGGUCAAUGUGGGAAGAGGGUUGGUCGAUCUGGCUCUCUCACUCUACACAAGAGAACACACACAGGAGAGAAACCUUAUAGCUGUGGUCAAUGUGGCAGGAGUUUUACUACAUCUGGCACUCUGACUCUACACCAGAGAACACACACAGGAGAGAAAUCUUAUAGCUGUGGUCAAUGUGGCAAGAGUUUUACUACAUCUGGCACUCUGACUCUACACCAGAGAACACACACAGGAGAGAAACCUUUUAGCUGUGGUCAAUGUUGGAAGAGUUUUACUAAAUCUAGCAGUCUGACUCUACACCAGAGAACACACACAGGAGUGAAACCUUAUACUUGUGAUCAAUGUGGGAAGAGUUGUUCUACAUCUAGCUAUCUGACAGUGCACCAGAGAACACACACAGGAGAGAAACCUUAUAGCUGUGGUCAAUGUGGGAAGAGUUUUACUACAUCUAGCACUCUGAAUAUACACCAGAGAACACACACAGGAGAGAAACCUUAUAUCUGUGCUCAAUGUGGGAAGAGUUUUGUUCGAUCUGGUCAGCUGACAAUACACCAGAGAACACACACAGGAGAGAAACCUUAUAGCUGUGGUCAAUGUGGGAAGAGUUUUGGUCAAUCUGGAGAUCUGAAAGUGCACCAGAGAAUACACACAGGACAGAAACCUUAUAACUGUGAUCAAUGUGGGAAGAGUUUUGUUCAGUCUGGCCAACUGACAAUACACCAGAGAACACAUACAGGAGAGAAACCUCAUAGCUGUGACUAA